GCCAAAGCUGUGCUGUUUUUAUCCGUGACACACAAUGUUGGUGACUUACAAGAAUAACCGGUUGAUCCCGGCCCUCAUCAUUGCCGCCUGUUUUUUUCUCUUCUACUGCCUCAUCGACCCCUCGCUAGAGAACUAUGGACACAAUCCGUACGCUGCGAAGCAGAAGGGCAUCGUGGUCGAGGAGGUGGAGCUUGCCGAUGGCGAGCGUCGGGUGGUCGAGCUGAAGAAGACACCACAGGUGGAAAAGGUCGAGACGCCUGCCGACGACAAGGUGCAAUAUGUCGCCCCAGUCGGCAGCAGCAACAAGAGUACGGCCAAAGACAAGCCAGCGGCCAAGGCCACCUCAUACAAUGGCCUCUCAACGGACGACGUGCUGCUGAUUGUCAAGACCGGCGGCACCACCGUGUGGAAGCGCAUGCUGGUGCACCUCACCACCACGCUCGCCCACGACCGCAUUCCCCUGGACAGCACCGUCAUCUACUCUGACUUGCCCGAGCGCAUUGGGCCCUUCAACAUCAUCGACGUCCUGGCAAACAUGUCUUCCACCGCAAAGGCGCAGCCCGACUUUGACGUCUACCGCCAGCAGCCCGAGUACAUGGCCAACAACUACUACGUCGAGGCCGCGGGCGUCAACGGCGACGAAUGGGGCCCCGUCGGAGGCUGGAUCAUCGACAAGUACAAGUUCAUCCCGCUCAUCCAGCACGCGGGCGACAACUGGCCAAAGGCCAAGUGGUACAUCUACAUGGAGGAUGACGCGUACCUCUUCCUGCCGGGCGUCCUGGGCUACCUGGCCAAGUUCGACUGGACGCAGCCGCACUACCUGGGCAGCUACGCGGCCAAGUCGGACGUCAUCUUCGCCCACGGCGGCGCGGGCUUUGCGCUGUCGAGGGGCGCGUGGGAGCAGUCCUUUGGCAAGCAGGGCCACGAGAACGGCGGGCUGACGGAGGAGUACUACCAGUACACGGCCGACCACUGCUGCGGCGACCAGGUUCUGGCCCACGCGCUGCGCAAGCACGGCGUCAACUUUGGCGAGAACGGCGGCGACGGCAAGUUCACCUUUGGCUUCAACCCGGUGGUGCACUGGGCCUUUGCCUUUGCCAGCGCAAACUGGUGCAGCCCGUUGCUGUCGUGGCACAAGGUGCACAACCGCGACAUCGCGCGCUACUACGAGGUCGAGCGCGGCUGGGACUGGAGCAAGGGCCCGCUGCUGCAUCGCGACUUCUUCAACGCCAUGAUCCUGCCCAGCAUCAAGGAGCACGCCGAGUGGUGGGACAACUACUCGGGCGUCUUCGAGGUCGCGUCGGGCAACCGCGAGUGGGCACCGAAGCCGGGGCCCGACAACGGCAAAUACGACGAGGCGCUCUGGAGCAAGGCCUGGGAGUCGGUCGAGGCGUGCGAGGCCGCGUGCCAGGGCUGGACAAAGUGCAUGCAGUGGAACUUUGUCGAGGAUCUGUGCAAGAUGGACGACAAGAUAUACAUGGGCCAGGGCUAUGCGCCGGGCAUGUCGCAGAGGAAGACGUCGCUGAAGCACACGAGCGGGUGGAUGUACAAGCGGUUGGAGGAUUGGAAGUGCUAAGCGC